AUGGGUGUCCAGCCUGACCAGAGCGCGUGCGAUGGCCCUCCGCCUGCCCCCAGCGACAACAAGCGUAAGCGCAAGCGCCAACCCACGGUCGGCCACUCUCCCACCGACAACGAUGUGACUCCUGCUGCGCCAUUGCGACAACACGACGGCGACGGCGGCGACGAGGAGGUGGGCUCGGGUGUCCUUGUGCCAGGUGUCAAGAAGAAGGCAAAGAAGCCCAAAGACCCCAGCACUGCUGACCCUCCUGCCGAGAAGCGGCUUCGAAGGUUCCGUCCCAAGGCUCCCUCGUCCUUCCAUGCCGUCUACGAACGCGCCACCACCCAGCGAUUCUUCCUGCUCUCGAGGACUCGCUCCGGCACUGCCGACUGCCCCGAGGAGCUGUUCGAACUGACCGGGUCCACCGGCAACAUCUACCGCGUCCACAUCCAGAAACAGCCCACGUGCAGCUGCCCUCACGGCACAGCAGGGAACCAAUGCAAGCACAUCGUGUGGUGUCUAAAGUCUAUCCUCCGGGCUCCCGAUGCCCACGUCUACCAGCUCGCUCUGCUUAGCACCGAGCUCCGCGACAUCUUCGCCAACGCGCCCGCGCCUACCAGCGAGUCCGGCCCAGAAAAGGACAAGAACCGCAAAGCAGUCGAAGGCGACUGUCCCAUCUGCUUUGAGGAGAUGCAGGCUGGAGAUGCCAAGGAGCCGCUGGUCUGGUGCAAGGCCGCUUGUGGCCAGAACAUCCAUAAGGAGUGCUUCGAGAUGUGGGCGGCCACGAAGAAAACUGGUAGCGGCGUCGGUAGGGCUGUGGUCUCGUGUCCGUACUGUCGAUCCGCUUGGGAGGGCGACAAUGACAUGAUCAACAAGAUCAACACUUCCGGAACACCAAACCCUGACGGCUACGUCAAUGUUGCCGAUCAGCUGGGCAUCAGCACCGAGCGAGACUACAGCGCAUACUCGACGUGGUGGACGGGACACCCGGGCUAUCGAGGUCGACGCUGA